UUUAAAGCCCCGUUGAUGAGCAAGAGAAGUACAGUAGAGUAGGGGAAUAAAUUCGCGCUCUUAGAGUUUAUCCUCAGCCCAUCAUGCCGCGGAGGGCGCGCGCGCGCGCGCAUGUGAGGACAAUCAAAUUCUAUCUGUAGUCUACGAUUCGUCGGCUCUUGUCUUGUUCGAUAAACUUAAGCCCACCUUGCCUAAAGGGGCACCAUUUUCUAUCUGUUUGCUGAUCAAGAAGGUGUUCUUCCUAUGGUUUUUUGAUAUCGUGGAGUGCUGGUCAUCGUCAAGAACUUGAUGUUUGCAUCUGGUUUAUGUUUGAUAUGUACCGGCCAUGGGCAAAUCCCAAGUAUGACAUAUACGUAUUGCAUGUCUCUUUAUGCAGUUUAACUGUCUUCAGUAUUCUGCAACAUUUUAACGCAUGGAGGUGAAUGUGAGUUUCAAUAUAUAUCUUUUUGUACGUGAGUUUCCACCUCAAGGGGAAUGAGAUUGCACAACGUUGUGGGACAGAAGUAUUUAUCAACGGCAACAAUUUAUCUAUGAACCUUUUUCCCUCACUCAUCAAACUGUGGAUUUUAUUUCAUGCCCAUCACAUGCAUGUUAAAAAAACCAGGGCUGGAAUCUUAUUUUUUGGAUUUAAAUCCAUGGAUUUUAUUCCAUAGACUUCUAUCCGCGGAUUCUAUUUUGUGGCCUUCAAACGGGGCCUAACGGGAAGGGAGACUAAGAAUAUGAUACUUCUGCCAAGAACAUGAGAUUUUUGCUCAAAUCGCUUGUCAGGAAACUGCAUCUCUUAUUGAACAAAGGGUUCCUCACUGAUUCUAUUGAGACUGCAUCUUUCGUUGUGCACCAACGUUGCAGAUUCCACCAUCAUUUAGCCAGAAGUUCAACUGAUGUAUGCUCCAUUCUUCAGGAUUUCAUCUAUUCUGAUGCACCAUCACAUGGAAUAUUCCUUCAUUCCUUCGUUCUAAAAGCAGGUCUCCAAUGGAACAGCGCAUUGUGCACGAAGCUCGUUUUACUAUAUCUGAAAUCUGGCUAUCUGGGUUGUGCACAUCAGUUGUUCGAGGAAAUGCCUCGAAGAGCUGUUAGUUCAUGGAAUGCGAUGAUUGCUGCUUAUUUCAAGCAGCGUAACUUGGACAAAAGCUUGGAACUCGUUUACCAAAUGCGGGAAUCUCUUGAGUUGUUUGAUGGGUUCACAUACUCGUGCAUUCUGAGGCUCUCUGCAGGUUUGAGGAAUUUGGGCAUUGGAAGGCAAGUUCAUUGUCGGAUACUCAGGUGUAAGGUGGAUUGUGAUCGUGUUCUUAUUACUGGCCUGGUUGACAUGUACGCUAAGAAUGGGAAGAUUGAGUAUGCCCGUCGGUUGUUUGAUGAUGUGUCUGAGAAAAAUAUCGUCUGCUCCACUGCUAUGAUAUCAGGGUAUAUGAAAUGUGGAAGAGUUAACGAUGCUGAGGAAAUAUUUAACGCGGUGACUGAGAGGGACGUGGUAGUGUGGAAUGCAAUGAUUGAGGGAUACAGUUUGCUAGUUGAUAAUGCCAGCAGAGCACUUAUUGCUUUUAUUGAGAUGCAGCAAGCCGGCCUUUGUCCAACUGUGUCAACCUUUGCAAGUCUGAUUGGAGCCUGCAUCAGUUUAUCAGCUUUGGAACAAGGGCAACAAAUCCAUGCACAUGUAAUCAAGAAUCAUUUGUGGGUAGAUGUUCGAUCUGGUAGUGCACUUGUCGAUAUGUAUGCCAAAUGUGGAAGGAUUGAGGAUUCCAGGAAGGUAUUCGAUAGAAUGCAUCACAGGAAUGUUAUUACUUGGACAGCUAUGAUUGAUGGCUAUGGGAAGAAUGGAAACGUUGACGAGUCGCUUCACUUGUUUCAGAAUAUGAAAAUGUUGAAGGUCAUCCCGAAUUAUGUUACCUUCCUCAGUGUUCUUUCUGCAUGUGGACAUGGCGGGCUAGUUGAUGAAGGUUGGGAAAUCUUUAGUAGCAUGAAACGUGACUAUGGUCUUUCUCCUAGAGUGGAACAUUAUGCGUGCAUGGUUGAUCUUAUCGGACGCACAGGCUCCUUAGAUGAAGCAGUGAAGUUCAUUGAGUUGAUGCCAAUACUACCAAAUGAAGAUGUAUGGGGGGCAUUAUUGGGUGCAAGUAGGUUACAUGGUGAUGUAGCUAUGGCAGCUAUCGCAGCCAAGGAGCUCUUUAAAUUAAACAGUUGUAAGCCUGGAGCUUAUGUUGCUUUAUCGAAUGCAUAUGCAGCUGCUGGAAGAUGGGAGGGAGUACACAUUGUGAGGGAAUUGAUGAAGGAUUCUGGUGUCUCCAAGAAUGCUGGUUGUAGUUGGGUGGAGACAGAGGAGGGUCUGCAGACUUUUCAUGUGGGAUAGGAGUUAAUGUCACAGUAUUCAGGUGUACUAGCAUGAGCAAUUGACUCAAAUCAUGAACUUUUAUUUGGUAAAAGAUGGUUUAGGAGUUUGUUAGUCAUACUCACUGGCUAAUGAUAGAAUACGUGUUCUUCUUCUUCAGCAAAGCUGAUUUAAGAGAAAUAGAAAUCUUUUGGGAGUUAUCCAGCUGAGCUGAGCCAUCUGCUCGAAUGUGGCAGUUUGCUUCUUGGCACCCUAAGGCUUGGAAAUGAGGUUUCAGCAGUCGGGAGUGGCUGUGACCUAGGAGAUGGCAAUUAGAGCUUGUGAUCUAACCCUGCAAUCUACUGACUAGCUUUUGGAUAUAAAGCAUUGGAAUUGAAGGUAGCAUCAUCUUAAGAAGCAGUGGAUCCAACAAGAUCAGGCCUUUUCCUCAGUCUCACUUGGCCAAGGACAGCAAGCCAAACACUGGCUUUGUAAAAAGCCACAUCUAUGGCAAAGAGGCUGGUUUCCUCCAUAUGGAAUGAAUUUGGAAACCGUGAGAUGAAAUAGUUGGAUCGUUAAGGUUGUUUUAGAUUGUGUGAAAGUUGGGUGCUCAGACCACGUUAUGUUCUAGAGGAGUUAGUAUUUGAGCUUCUGCCAACAACAGGGUUAUUGGUGCUCGAUAUUGAUCAUGCAAAUGGCCAUAAAAAGCUAACUACCAACGGAUGCGGACAACACAGACGGGACUGUUUACAGAUGCGAUUCUUGCAUGUUAGUGGCCUAUGUGCACCAGGUGUAGCUGAACGCAGCAGGUUGAAAUUGAAGCAUUGCUAGGAUAAGACCUGGGUCAUUGACAUGGAAAGAGUGGCAACAUAGUUAAAUUCGGUGGAAGAUCUUAUGAUUUAUUUUGGCAUAACAUCUCUCUCUUGGUCUUUUUCAUGAUAAGAUUAUAUAAUCUGCCCUUUUUAUGCCUAUUCACUUCAUGAGUCGCCAGAACAAUUACAGA